GGGCGGGUGGAAAUGAAACUGCUCGGUGCGCAGAUCAACAAAUCAACCAAAGAUGGUGCCAACAGAACCAAAUCCCUCUCUCGUUGGGGGAGAUUUUACAUUAUUUUUCUUAAAUGUCUACUAGCUUGAACUUUAAGUGACUUUAUGUCUUAGUGAAUGUGCAUGCCGUCACCCCCUGGCUGUCACUGCAGCCCCCCCGGCUGGAUGCGUUGCAAAAAGCUUUGCAUUUGCACACGGUGCAAACAGUGUUAAGUCACAAGGCUACAUCAAAUAUUCUGCUGUUUGCACCCUGGUUUGUCAGAAAGAAGUCUCAGCGCCUCUUUGAACACAGCAGGAGUGGAGACUUUAAAGAAAAGUGACCUCCAAGGCACACCUUUUUAAAUUUGAAGGAUUUUUUAUUUUUAUUUUAUUAUCUUCAAUAUAUUAGGUUUCUUCCUGUAUUUAAUUUUUAUAUUUUUAAGUUUUUUUUUAUUCCAGUUUUUCUAUCCUAUUGUCUCAUUGACAUUAAUAAUGUUCAAAAACAAGAAUCCAGAAACAUUGCACCUGCUGACGGAGGCGAGGAGCGCCUACACCAUGCCGGGAAGUAUGCUAAACCUUGAAGACGUGCAGAAAAAUGGCACGAAUGGCACCAACCAUUGCCAUGACAACAGCCAUGCACGGGAGGCUCGAGAGAGGGAGAAGAAAGUUGCCCAGAGGAGGCUGUUUGUGGUUUCUAUCAUCUGCCUCGUUUUUAUGGUUGGUGAGAUCGUCGGUGGUUAUUUGGCAGGAAGCCUGGCAGUGAUGACAGAUGCUGCUCACUUGCUUACAGAUUUAACCAGCUUCAUCAUCAGCUUGUUUUCCCUUUGGCUCUCCUCAAAACCCGCCACGCAGAAGCUGAGCUACGGCUGGCACCGCGCAGAGAUCCUGGGAGCGCUGCUGUCAGUGUUCACCAUCUGGCUGGUCACGGGAGUGCUGGUGUAUCUGGCCGUGGAGCGCCUCAUCAACGACGACUACACCAUCGAGGGCGAUAUCAUGCUCAUUACCUCUGGCUGUGCAGUGGUGGCCAACAUUGUCAUGGCGGUUACUCUGCACCAGUCUGGCCACGGCCACAGUCACGGCGGGCUCAGCUCACACGGACACGGCCACAGCCACAAAACAGGGAAGGAAAAGAACCAGGCGUCAAACGGCCUCCACUCAAAGGCUGAGUGUAUAGACAUGGAGCAACAGCAGGCCAGCCAGGGUGAGAGGACUCAGCAGGGCAAUGCAAGUGUGCGAGCGGCAUUUGUGCAUGUGAUAGGAGAUCUCUUCCAGAGCAUCAGCGUACUGGUCAGCGCCAUCAUCAUCUUUUUCAAGCCAGAAUACAAGAUUGCAGACCCCAUCUGCACCUUCCUGUUCUCCAUCCUGGUCCUGUGCACGACCUUCGCCAUCAUGAGAGACAUCCUCCUGGUCCUGAUGGAAGGAACCCCGUCAGGGGUCAAGUACAGCGAGGUGCUGGACCAUUUGUUAGCAGUAAAAGGAGUCACAGCGGUCCACAACCUUCACAUCUGGGCUCUCACCAUGAACCAAGCUAUGCUCUCAGCGCACGUAGCCAUAGAUGAUUCGGUCGACGCUCAGACUGUUCUCAGAGAGAUGACGCAGGCGUGUUUCUCCUCCUACAACUUCCACUCCGUUACCAUUCAGAUGGAGCGGCAGGCCGACCUGAAGCCUGGAUGUUCACUCUGUGAAAACCCACAGAAGUAGGAAGUGGAUAAAACGGAGGCUUGGCCGGUCUGUGGCCAUGGUUACGGGACACGAUGGCUGUCUUUCACUGCGACUUUUAGGACAAAUUUAGAUAACCGUGUUUCAAGUGCCUUUUGUGAUAAAAUGCUAAUUUGAUAGCAAGGAGGAUGGCACGUUAUGGAAUCAUUUCCUCAUCCUCUUGUAGUUUUAUCUUGUUUUCAGUAAAGAUUUUACUUUUCCAUAUGAAAUUUAAAGGGGAUGUUGAGGAAGUAAAAGCAUGUUUUAUAUGGGACAGCAUGUAUUUGGGAGCAUGUAUCAGAAGAAGGUGUCUACUCAAUACUGACAAAACACAAGCCUUUCACUUCAUUUCGGGCUAUUUAAGUCUGAAAAAUAUAUAAUUUAGUGAGCUGUUCAGAUUUCUUGGGUUUUGUUACAUCACACUUCUCAUCUAUGGUAUGGUGUUGCAUUUAUUUCAAAUGUCGACACUGCAAUUAAACAAGAAGAGGGGCCUCUUGUACACAAAGCAGGACCUCUCUUCUGCGUGUCACUGUAUUUUUUUUCUUUGCUUAUACUCAAUUCCUCAGCAGCAGAUGAUUUCUACUGAGAUGAUUAUCUAACUUCAGGGUCAGGUUUUAUUGCACUUUCAAUUCACAAAAAAUACGGUGUCUAAUCUCCACACAGCUUCAAUUCCUGUCACGUCCGCUGCACCUUGGAAGUGCUAACUCACAAUUAUUUUUGCCUUCCUUUCAUUUUUUUUUUUUGGCUUUUUAUGUUUAAUAUUCUGUUCACUUGUUACAUAGUUUAUGUCAGGCUCAUAAAGCUCCACCAAUUAAUUUGCCAUCUGUUUUCUAUCCAGACUAGGCAAUCUGAUUUCUUGUUGGUUGCUCUUUUGGUGGUGCUUAAUUUUUUAAGUUGUACAUGUGGAUUUCCCCUUUCCUAUUGAAUGUGGAAUCAACAGAACCCAAAGACAAAGAAAUAAUGAAAUAUUCUAUAUACAGUACAGACCAAAAGUUUGGACACACCUUCACACAGAUGGGGAAGUGUGUGCAAACUUUUGGUCUUUACAGUAUAUAAAAGGGCUUCAACUUGUUAUUAGUGCUUCCUGGAAGUCAUGAAAAACGUUUAUCUGAGCAAGUACAUACAGUGUAUAUUUGUAUGGAGAGUUAUACCAGAAAACCUGAGGAGCGCUGCAUGUAAAACACAUCCUCUUUGACUGAAGAGGAGAAUCACUUCCUACUCACAAAACACUGGUUUAUGAUCCGUGCUACAAUAAUUGGUCAA